AUGUCUGUAAGUGUAAGGGAUGCAUAUAUUGCGGAUGGUUUUGCUGAUGACUGUGAUGAACUCAUACACCGCCUUACAACUGGUGAGAAGCUGACAUAUGCGGCCUUCGCUCAUGUAUGGAAAGACAUGCAAAUGGCCGGUAUAUACCACAAUAGGACCUCUGGUGCGGAGAUAGCUGAACUGUCGGAGGAGGUCAUACACAUUGCUAAACGCUACAUGGUGGCAGAUACAAGGCCCUGUGCAGUACCAUGCGGCGUUACGGGAGAGGGGCAUGGAGUACCCCUAUCGAAGUAUUUGGAAGGUAACUCAAAUAUAAACAACCUGGGUGUCAGACCGAAGGGUGUGUUCUACCGGCAGGGCAAGGAGAUGGACCUCAUCAGGGAACUCAAGAACCUCUCCGUGCAAUACUCUAAAGUGAAAGAGGAGAUUUCAGGGCCAGAUGUAAAAGAUCCCAAUCUAAAUUACUACGACGUGCAUUUCCCAACGAAACUGGAAACGUCAUUCAAAAAGCUCAUCACUGGCACCCUGGAUUCUGAUGAUGAUGAUGAUGAUGACGAUGACGAGGGAGAAGCGAGACCUGGAUGCUCAAGUGGUCUCGUUAAAGAUGUUGACUCUAUACGGUCCAUCAAGGACAGAGCUAUGAAGGCAAAGGUUAACCCUAUGAAACACCUCGUGGGGGUCGCUGAUAGCCCCAGAACAAGAUCAAACAAAAGCUCCACCACCAAUACACCUCAAUCUAAACCCAAAACCAGACGGGGUGUAAAUUACAUAGACUUAGCCGCACCCACCGCCCGUACCAGAAACGCCAAGAAACGAAAGAGAGCCCAAUACCUUGACGGUAGCGAUGACUCCAUGGAAGAAGAAAGAGACUUUAGCAUCGAUAAUGAAGCUUACUGUGAGGCAAGCACCAGCCAACUCCCAGACCUAAACUUAGACAGCUUUACCAAGCCACAAAGUUCCACAGAGAAGAUACAAGAAGUAGAAGUACAGAAUAUAGAAUUGGAUUCACUACCCGGUGUGAUACGAAAUGAAACUGAUGGGAAUACGUAUGAAAUUGAAAUCAUUGAUAAUAUGGGUGUCAACCAUGGAGCGUCCACUUCCCAAACAAUACCUGUGCUAGAAGAUAAGUUAAAAAGAGCAGAGAAAAGGGAUUUGAAAAAGACUAUUCUGAAGUCUAGGUUUAAACGCAUGGGUAUGCUGCCUGUAGCUAACUUUCCGCCUGAGUGAAGAUGCAAAAACAGUUAUUAUUAAUUCUAUUCGACAAUGCCUAAAGUAAAGGCAGUGUGCAAAAACUAGACUCAGAUUGUACAGAGCUCAGAAUGCCAAUUUUAGUGAAGUUUCACUUCCAAUUCCUGAAUGAAAGAUGGCGGCAGAGCGCCAUUGUUAUAAUGCAGUGUAAUAGUUCCGAAUUUUACCACUAGGUGGCAGUGUGACUCUGCCUGUAAUAUGGAGACAGAUUUUAAUCUUAACUUGAAAUUUUGUAUAAUUGUUUUGUAACUUUCAUAAUUUCAAUGUAUAGGAAUGUGAUAUGCCAUGAUGGGUCACCAGCUUGUAGCUAGCAGUUUAUGAGUAGCGAUACAGCUGACUCCAGUGUCCCUAGGGCCCAUAUUUUCCCCACAACACAACUGGUUCCCCAGUUCUUUCUAACCAUAACUUACUACCAACUUGGGUAAUACAGCGAAAUGUUUUGGAGUGGAACUGUCUAAUGGCGUAAUAUUUAAACCCGUUGGGUCCGUGCUUGUGAUUAGGAAUGUUUAGCGCCAAUAUACUCAGGGCUUUUGUUCAAAAUGUUCGUCUAAUGAGCACCAUGUUUGUUAUUUACUUUUAUCAAUGUAUUGAAAUUUAUUUGCUGGUCACACUGGCACUUAUGAGAGUGUAGUGCCUCAGCAUAAAAUUUACUUCGUGUUAAUAAUAUUUCGUGAUUGUAAAAUGUGAUUUCAAGCCAUGGUUUAAUGGUAUUCUUAAAGAAUCGUUUGACUUCAUUUCUGUGAUUUUGUUAAGUCGUUUGAUUGUUAAGCCAAAUUUUAUAGGAAUUUAGAAUGUGAGGAAAUAUAGUAAGGAUAAUUUUGUAUACAAGUUCCCUAUAUUUUGUGUGAGUUUAAGCAAAGGCGUUUUUGUGACGGCCAGGUGCCAAUCGUAAUAAUAAAUUUUCUAUUUACUUUUUUUGGGGAGGAUAAAAUAAAACAGUAUCUACUGUUUACCUGAAAUCGGAUAUAUGAAUUGUGAGAAUUCUCUUAAGGAAAACAUAGAUUCAUCAUUUAAUUAAUUUAUGCCUAUCCACCCCGUUAGACUAGCUCUGUAUUUAAUUUUUAGCGGCAACAUCUGUAACUGUUGUGUGGCGUAAUAAUAAAGCGCACAUAAAAAAAAUCUCCGUGGCACCAAAGCUACGCGGUCUACGGAAAUUUUAAAAGCAAAUUAUUAAGAGAAUAAAGUGACUUUAUCUACCUAUUUUGGGAUUACCUAUGUAGCAGAAACAAUGAUUUAGAUUUAAGGAAUAACUUUUAUACUCACUUGACGUGUAAGAGGCGUAAAAAUAAACAAUUCAAAAAUAAUA